CGUGACAAUGUUGCCGUUGAAGCCUGUGAUAGCCGUUCUGGCUUUCGUAACCGUCGCUACAGCAGCGAAGCUUGAAACCCUAGAUAAUGCUUCCCUGAGAGCCAUCGACAGCGAGGAGGUGGCGCCGGGCUACCAAGCAAACCAAGUGCCCGUGCAAGGCGACUGGCAGGAGGAGGAAGAGGACGACGACCUGUAUGACUAUGACUACGAGGAUUACCAGGACGACGGUAAUUCCGAGGAGUACCCAACCCCCCCGGAUGGCGAUUCGGACGCCGACGAGUACGAGGACUACGGCGAGGAAGAAUUCGAUGAGCAGGAACAAGACGACAGCGACGGUGGCGUUCUCAAGCGCCAGAAGAGGAAGUUGAUCUACGGCGGCGGGGCCUACGGCAGGCGCGGAGGCUCUCGCGGAGGUUCUCCCUACGGACGUCGCCGCAGCAACCAGAAUUACCAUGGCCCCGACUACGGCCCAGGCGGCGGCGGUCCCAGCGGUGGAUACUACGGAAGGCGUAGCUCGCCCAUGGCCGCCCCUCCCAGCCGUCCGACCACGGUAGCCACGGUGGCCAAACCGACCGCUGCCCCGAAGAAGAAGAGCGCAAGUAAGGUCCAGCCAACGUACAAAAGCAAGACAGGUCGCCGGGAGACGAAGAAGAAGCUCUCAAAGGAACUGAAGACGGGAAUCGCGAAGUACGCGAUCCAGAACGGGAACGGAAGAGCCGCUGAACACUACCGCGACAUCAUCGGCAGGAAACUGAGCGAGAAGACGAUAGAAAAAUUCGUGAAGAGGCAUCAGAAGAAACUCAAGAAGAACCAAAAGGGAGAUCAAUAGAGGAAGGCUUUGGAAAAGCAUUUUCAUGCUGCACCUCGCCUUCCUGGAAAGGAAAGCAAACGAGGGAUCAGUUUUGCGAAGCCUUUGUCUUACGUUUCUGAGUAAUUUGCAAUAUUUGCAAAACGAUACCUCCCAUAACUGUAGUACCUGUAUUUCAACCUUAGUAUAUCAACAUUGUUAUACCUCAUACGUCGGCCGACAGAUGUCGUCUUGAGUCAAUACUACGCCCUGCAGACUUCGCUUUCUGCUCCUUGAGUCUGUUCCCCUCGAAGCCAUGGCGAUCUGGAGUUCCCUCUGCUUAAUUUUCAAAACUUACUUCAACAGCAGGCGACUUGUAUGUUGAAGUUAAAAGAUAUGUGGUCUGGAAAUUGCUUGCAGAUCGUUUCUAAAUUUCACUGUAUGGAAAAAAUCCAGCAGAACACUUCUCUCGUCGUCGCUAAAAUUGUUUAAAUAUAUCCUUCUUAUGAGAUGUAAAAUGCAUGACUAUACUGCUGUAUUUGUAUUGUAUGAAUCAAAUUGUAACGCAAUAGUUUGAAUGGGUUUUAGACAGUAACUCACCUUUCUGGUUGAACGAUAAUCAAACAAAACUCACAGAUCAGUUAUUCAUUAAAUUCAUUUCUCAUUAAUUCAUAUGCAAGUACUAUUUACUUUAUUUUUCAUACUGUGUCAUCUUUGUCUAUACUAUGUCUUGUUUUAUAGGAAAUGCACCGCCUGCUUUGUCUUUUUGUAAGCUAUGUAUGUAUUUUACCUGAGUAUGUCUCUCUGUGUGUUUAUAUUCAUACGACUUGCCAGCAGUUUCUAAAGUUGGCUGUUCAGUUAUACAGAGUCACUGUAUUUUAUCAAAUAGUCGAAGCUAAAC